AUGCAGGACCAAGAUCGGGCGUCGAGCUGCAGAGAGCGCCGUGCAUCACACACUCAGCUCUGGGGCCUAUGGCAGACUGAGUGGGGACGAAGUCCUGAAGUCUCUGGAAUCACAGAUCACAUCUUUGCUUUGCGAGGAUAUGGCACUGGCCCAGACGAGAACGUGGAGCGCAGUGUGUUCUGGGGGCCAGACAACGGGACGGAUAUACGCAAUGAGCAGGUCAACGGCCUGGGAAGGAUGAUCUUCGAACAACAUACCGAUGAAGGCCAGCGUCCGCUGCGGUGCGCGACUCGUGCACACGCGCCGUACACGGGCGAGCUCCACUUUUUCCUCGUGAACGACAACACCGUGAAAGGCAAAGGCCGUUGUCAGCCCGUCGGCACCUCCACCGCCAAUACUUUCGAAAAGCCAACCGGUGUCCCGUCGCCUAUGCCCGCUAAUGUAGUGGACGACCUCUUCUUCAUCGCAUUCUUCUUCCUGCCGCUGGGCUUGCUGCUGUAUAUGCUUGUGGCGAGUGCGGAGGCGAGGGGCGCGCUCUGGGGACUGCCUGUGCAAGUGCUACGCUGUCUAUAUACCUCGCUGUUCGUCUCCACAUAUACACGCUCUGCCGCUUACACGACGCGCCUCGAACCGUCAGCGAUCGCCGGCGCGCUUCAGAAAGGAGGUGGACAUAAUUCGUACUCGCGGUUCCGCACUUCUUCGACGCGUACAUUUCCGCAAUCGCUGCCAUCCGCUGUGCUGGACGACGAGAUGUUGAAGAGGGAGCUGGACAGGCACAACAACACCGCUGCGGUGGCUAACAAGAGGAGAGCCACGCAAUUGACCUUCCAGUCUAGCGCGCCGCUGAGCAGCGCACAGCUGACACAAAAGAUCAUCACGUCGUCGCCGCCAAAUGCGACACGUCCCUUGGGCAUAGGAACAGGGAACGUGUUGCACAGACCUACAUUGAACAGGCCUAUAUCGUCUUCCACGAGCGCGACGGGACUCAAACGGAGUGCGAGUGGAUUGGCCAAGGCGCUUUCUUUCGGCGAUGGUUUCGAGCUUCCCGGCGAGGAGGUCAACUCGAAAUGCAAUCCCAUCGUGAUUGAUUCACCAAAGAAAACAAGUACUGGUAGAUGCCAGGGGGGAACUACGGACAACGGCGUUGGGGUGUACUUUGACGAGAACGACUUUGACAGUGACCUUGAUUUUGACAUCGAGGUGGAGGAUCCGGGGAGGAAAGGUCAGGUCAAGUACCCAGAGCUUUCACCUGAGCGAACAAGCGCAAGACCGACCUCGAGGUUAAACCUAAGCCCCUCAACGAAUCGGAAACAAGAGUCGGUUUCUACGAGUGUUUGGAAUACAAGUUUUGAACAAGAUCAGCAGGCCAUUCCACCGUCAGCGCAGAAGACGCCAGGAAGCAACUUGAGGUCGACGCCAGCAUCACAGCAAUUUCCCUGGUCGAGCUCGCCGCUUGAGCACUACAACAGCAAAGAACAACCAAAGAAAAUGCCACUCUGGGACCCAAAUGCGGUUGGUGCAGAAGAUUCUCAGAGUUGCAGACAAGCGGAAAUCAGCUCUUCCAAGGCCGCAAAAGCUACGUAUCGAAGCGAUGGUCGUUAUCAGAAAGCACCUGCGAUUGCUACCAUCGAUGAGGAGGGCAUGAUGGAUGAAGAGCCGCGACCGGUGAAGAGGAGAACGAUACCGUGGGCGCAAAAGCGGGAAGGCGAAGAAGGAGAGUACCCCGUCUCCGAGGGUGGUGAAACCACGCCAGCAUCUAGGAAAUCGUCCACUUUGCCAUGGAACACGUCCGCAAGUGCAAUCAAAGCGCAGCAAAAACAGCUGCGACAGGCAAACAAGAAACUCAUCAAGGAGCACGAACCGUCCCCAGCGGAGAGGAGCGCUGCCCUUACGGCGCGGAAGAGCAAGCAGCUGCACACUGUGUUCCUCAGCGAGGAGCAGAAGCAUGUUCUUGACCUUGUCACCGAGAAGAAGCAGAGCGUGUUCUUUACCGGCUCGGCGGGAACGGGCAAAUCCGUACUUCUGCGCGAGAUCAUCUCUGCGCUGCGUAAGAAGUUUGCCCGGGAGCCCGACCGAGUCGCCGUCACUGCCUCCACAGGUCUCGCAGCGUGCAACAUCGGCGGCGUCACCUUGCAUUCUUUCGCCGGAAUAGGCCUUGGAAAAGAAGACGUCCCCACUCUAUGCAAGAAGAUCCGUCGCAACCAGAAGGCGAAGCACAGAUGGAUGCGCACCAAAGUACUCAUCAUUGACGAAGUAUCCAUGGUUGACGGUGAGCUGUUCGACAAGCUUGAAGAGGUCGCUCGUAUCCUACGCAACAACGGUCGCCCUUUUGGGGGGAUCCAACUCGUAAUCACUGGCGACUUUUUCCAGCUACCUCCCGUGCCCGAGGGCAAUCGCGCAGCACGGUUCGCAUUCGAGGCCGCGACAUGGUCGACAAGUAUCGACCAUACAAUAGCGCUCCAUCAUGUCUUCAGACAGAAAGACCCUGUGUUUGCAGGCAUGUUGAAUGAGAUGCGCGAGGGUCGACUGAGGCCAGAGAGCAUCGCUAGGUUCAGGAGUUUGAAUCGUCCCAUCACAUUUGAGGACUCUCUAGAAGCUACAGAGUUAUUCCCGACUCGCACCGAGGUCGAUCGCGCAAAUGCUCAGCGCAUGGCGAACCUGCAAGGCGAGCUCCACAUCUACGAAGCUCGCGAUGGAGGCUCUAUCACGGACAAAGCAAUGCGCGAUAAAUUGCUUCAGAACUGCAUGGCUCCGGAAGUCAUUCAGCUUAAAAAGGGAGCUCAGGUCAUGCUUAUCAAGAACAUUGACGACACGCUUGUCAACGGUUCCCUUGGCAAAGUCAUUGGCUUCAUGAACGAGGCCACCUUUGACAACUAUCAGCAGAACGAGGAGGCAUACUACGCAACGCAACAGAACGGGGCGGACGAAGCCGCCUCGCGUCAUAAUCAGCCGGCGGAGCUCAGCGAUCGAAAGUUGAGGCUUGCGGAGUUGGCAGGGGGAAGUUCACAGGCGUAUCCCGUGGUGAGGUUUGCCAUUGCGGACGGCUCAACACGUGAUUUGCUGUGCCAACGCGAGAGCUGGAAGGUCGAACUGCCCAACGGAGAAGUGCAAGCCAGCCGUCAUCAGGUUCCGCUCAUCCUCGCGUGGGCACUGUCCAUCCACAAAGCACAAGGCCAAACAUUAGAAAGGGUGAAGGUAGACUUAGGAAAGGUGUUUGAGAAGGGCCAGGCAUACGUCGCUCUCUCGAGGGCCACAAGCAUGAAGGGGCUGCAGAUUGUCAACUUUCAGCCUGGAAAAGUGAUGGCCCACGAGAAAGUGCGCAAGUUCUACGAGAACCUGACGAAGAUUGAGAAGAGCGGAGCGAAGAGCGGAUCGAAGAGCGAAGGUCACGUCAGGACAGGCAAGGAAUCUGGCCCAGUUGCCGGCACUGUCGAAGACGAGAACGAGUUGGUCACGGGCGACAGGUAUCUGACGGACGACUUUGAAUUCGACGUGUGAGGAGAUGGUCCAAGAAGAGAUGGACGGAAGGUUUCUCAAAUCUUCGGUGGGCAUCCUGUUGACCCCGAAAACAUUGUCAGACGUAAAUACUUUUGAGCUGCAUACCAGGCUGCUCACGAAAAAGGCCGGCCUUCGUGCCGAGCCUGUACUGAUUAACAUUGGUUAUGCGGCUCAAAAAGAUAGAGAGCAUUCAAGGCGAAAGUGGGGUAAGACACACCACCGGUCGAGGCUGCAGUCGUAGCAACUUUUGUUUCGCUUUAACGUGCUGGCGAUCCCAUUGAAACGGAGAGAUCCAUGCCCUCCGCAAACAGCAGGGCGUAUCCCAAAAAAGGUUUGUUGGGGAAAAAUGUAGAACGGAGAAAGGUUGAGAUUCGUGCGCGAUACGUAUAGACAAAAUGUGCAAGCGACGCCUCUCCAUUGGCUCGUGGGUGUUCAGCACAGGAAACAGAUAAGAUGGACGCUAGGUUUUUAGAAUUCGCUAGAUCUCGCUUGCGAUGUUUCGUCUUGCAUACAUGUCGCCCUGUGCGCUCGUCCCAGGGAGUGAUUAAUUGAAGCGGCGCGAUUUGAUCUUCC